CAAAAAAAGUUUUACAUUAACUACUUUUAAUUGAAAUAUUAUUUAUUAAAACUAAUAUUAAAUUAAAUUUAUUUAUUACUACAAAGAAAAAUCAUAAAUAAUACAAUGUCUUCGUCAAAGUUAACAGUACUGAUCACACCGUUGGACGGCUGGGGACACAUCAACUGUUGUCACGGUAUUGCCGAAGAACUGGUACGUCGCGGCCAUAGAGUAGUGUUCGCACUGGACGUUGCAUUCAAAGGAAAACUAUCAAAGUAUGGCUUCGAGGAAGAGCUGUUUGCAAUGCACGGAGAUGUCGAAGAUAAAGAGUUUUGGCCAAAAUGGAUGGCCGAAAAUGGACAGAUACUUGAGUCGCGCGAUCCGUGCGAUUUGUUGCAGAAAAUGUUUCCACUCGGUUUCAAAUUGUUUUUUGAAAACAUCAAAUCGCAAGAUCCUCACUACCGGGAAAUGAUAGCCCGGCUAAACCCCGACAUAAUUAUAAGUGAUAAUUAUCUAGAUAUGCCGGCAGUUACCGAUAGCGGUAAACCAUGGAUUUGGUUGUACUCGGCCGGACCGUUAAACUUUUACAAAGACAAACGUUUGCCGCCGUCCGGAUCAGGUCUACCACUUGAUGGUGAUCGACAAGAAUGGAAACGUUUCGCAGACAUAGUGGAGCCAAUGUAUCGGGAAGUGUUUGAUAUGAUCAACGAAUUUUCGGUAUCCAAGGGAGCGCCACCACUAGAGUGGCCGCACCCGCACCGGCAUUCACCGUAUCUUAACAUCUAUAUGUAUGUCAAUGAGUUGGACUACAAUGAAGUGCAUCCGUUGUCUGACAAUUAUUUGCGCGUCGAGAAUGUUAUUCGACAUACAAACGAUAAGUUUGAAGUACCAGAGCAAUUGCGGGACAAACCGGGAAAACUUAUAUUCCUGUCAAUGGGAUCGUUUGGAUGCGGUUAUCUCAAACUAAUGCAACGCUUGACAAGUAUUUUAGGCAAAUCUCAGCACCGGUUUAUUGUGUCAAAAGGGCCGCUCAAUGACAUGUACUCACUACCCGAUAAUAUGUGGGGCGAAGCGUUUUUGCCGCAGACAGCUGUACUACCGUUAGUCGAUCUGGUCAUCACUCACGGCGGCAACAAUACGGUUACCGAAACUUUUUAUUACGGCAAACCUAUGUUAGUGUUGCCGCUGUUUUCCGACCAAUUCGAUAACGCACAGAGACUUCAGGAGACUGGACUCGGAGCCCGACUCAGCCCUUUCUACUGUGAGGAAGAGGAACUGAUAGAUAUAGUCGACAGAAUGGUCAACGACGAAGAGCUCAGACUUAAGAUGGAAACCAUCGGAAAGAGAAUUAGAAAUACAGACGACAAGAGUCGGGUCGCAGAUUUGGUCGAAAAGUUGGCACAAAAAUAAUGAAUU